AUGUCCGAUGUUCAGGAAGACUCUUGCAUAAUUUGUAAGCAAGGAUUUGAUGAGCAACAAUUCGUAACUGUAUCAAAAAAGGGCAUAUUGACCCUCAUCAGCUACAGCGAAAAACGUGGCCUGUCAGAUUUCCAAAGCUAUUUAACUGGACGUAUUAGCAUAGCACCUAUUGGCAAAGUGUUGGUUCAUGCAAAGUGCCGGAGAGACUUUACAGACCCAAAAAGAUUGAUUUCUAGAAAUUUAGAAGUGCCUUGCGCAAAGAAAUUGAGGUAUAGUUCACUUCCAUUUAACUGGAAAGAUGACUGCGUAUUUUGUGGUAACUCUGCAGCAAUUGAUAAGCGCCAUCCUGAGAGAUCACCAGUGUGCGCAGUGACAACCCUCCCAUUCCGUGAAAAACUUCUUAAGUGCUGUGAUGAGAGAGGGGACUCAUGGGCAGCUGAAGUUCAGAAUCGUUUACAUGGAUGUAUUGACUUAGUUGCGGCUGAGGCCGUCUAUCAUGUCAACUGUUACUCAAGAUUCGUGCUAAUUAAAAAUUACAAUGCAGCAUCAACACACAAAAAAGGUGAAGGGAGACCGGAAGAUCAAGGAAUGAGGCAAUGGUUUGACAUGCUAUGCCACUGGUUGGAAUCUGAAGGCGAUGCAGAUUUGUACACGCUCGCAGAAUUACAUGCUAAGAUGACCGAAUUUAGUGGUGAAUCAGAGGUUUACACUAUUAAAAGGCUUAAACAAAAGCUGUUAGAGCAGUAUAAAGAUUUCAUAUUCUUUGCAGAAAUUGAAGGGCGAAGUAACGUUGUCUGCUUCAGCAACAUGGCGAAGUACAUCAUAAAUGAAAAAUGGUACUCGGAAAAAAAAGAAGACAUCAACAGUGAAGCAGAACGAAUAGUAACUGCUGCAGCAAAGCUCAUAAAAGCUGAAAUCCGAGAAAGAAAAUAUGAUUCCAAAUCAUAUCCAACUAAUGAUGACAUUGCAAAUGUUAAACGAAGCAAGAACUGGAUACCGCAUUACCUACAAACACUCUUGACACAUAUUGUUCCUUCAGAACUAAAACAGAACAGCAUUGGACACUGCAUUCUUCAGGCUGCCCGACCAAGGUCAGUUAUAGCUCCCAUCCUGUUUGGCUUAGGUGUUGAGAUUGACCAUGUAUUUGGAUCGAAGUGGCUAAUCAAUGAGUUGUCACGGUUGGGUUUCUCUAUCAGUUACGAUGAAGUGAACAGGUAUAAGCAAUCUGUUAUUCACAGUGAAAACCUUGAAAACCUUCUUGCAGAGUACUUUCCGGGCACCUUUACCCAAUGGGUGGCAGAUAAUGUUGACCAUAAUGUAGCCACACUAGAUGGCCAGGGAACAUUUCGCGGAAUGGGAAUUAUUGCUGUGUCCUCUCCGAAAGAUGACAUCCCCCUCAUCUCAAGAUCCCGUGUGAUCAGUAGACAACCGCGUUUGAAUUUGGAUGAGCUGGUAAAGGAUAAAGGAGUACCAAUUUUCCAGUACACUAGCCCACCAGACAAAGGCUUGGCAUCAAUUAUCUACAAACCAAUUCUUUACUUGCAGGCUCCGCACACAUUGCCACCUGAACUAUGCUUUGACUUGCUUUGGCACUCUGGGUGUAUUUUCAGCAAAGCAACACGACCAAGAUCAAAUUGGUCGGGCUUUAUGCAGCAUGUGUUCUCAAAUAACCGGCAUACGACUCCAAAGUCUGAAGUCCUUCUUCUACCAAUCAUUGAUUUAAAUCCUUCUGAUGAAUCCUGCAUUUACUCAACUUUAGUUUAUAUUAAAUAUCAAGCUGAGAAAUUGGAUAUUCCAACCCCAUGCAUCACAUUCUUUCAACCCCUGUGGCUCAAAGCAACAGAUAUUAUCAAAGCAAAAUCAAUGAAAAUAGUUUGCAGACUUGGAGGCUUUCACACGAUGAUGAGCUUUAUGGGUAGCAUUGGCUCUAUGAUGAAAGGCUCUGGACUAGAGGAGGCAUUAGAAACGGUGUACGGGCCUAAUGCAGUUAUCCAUAUGAUGACCGGGAAGGCUUUUUCGAGAGCACUGCGUGGACACUUGUUGGUAGAGUCUGCUUUAGUGAAUAAGUUAAUGAUAUCAGUUUUACCAUGCAAAUUGAAUGAGGACGAUACAUUUGAAGGUACUGAAUCGGGUGAGAUGUCGAUGGACACCAUUGAAAUGAUAAGUGAUGACCAAUGCUCAUCAAGUGUUAUGGAAAUUGAAACUGCAAUUGCAACACCUGUUAGAGAGGUGGAAACAGGUACUGAUUCAUAUUGCGGAACUGAAAUUACGGAGAAUCUUCAGGACUCGUUGAUCGAGGCCAAGAUGGAAAUACCUGCUGCAGAAACGGAUAUAGAUAUGUAUGAGAACAAACUGAAUGCUGCAGAAGUGAAGCAGAUUAAUCACUUGUAUGAAGGAAUCAAAGAUCAAUCUAUAGCCGUUGUAAGUGUUUCUGAAUCCAAUGAACUGAAAAAAUUGGAUCAUUGCUUACAAAAGUAUAAAGAAUUGCUUGCCGAGAGGUCACCAACAGCAAAAUUGUGGUUGCAAUACAUUGAAUACGUGGAAACUUUGAAGGUGUUCAUUCGUGCUGAAAGAACAGGAGAUUGGAACCUGCAUCUAGUCGCAAUUACGAAAAUGUUGAAUUUAUUUUCCGCAACUGGCCACAUCAAUUAUGCAAAGAGUGCACGACUGUAUUUGCAGCUGAUGCUGGAAUUACGAACAGACUACCCAUGGCUAUACCAUUGCUUCCACGAACAAGGAUUCCAUACAGUCCGCAGAAGCAAUCGCUUCUGGGCAGGAUUAUGGACGAAUCUUACAAUUGAACAGGUCAUGAUGAGAUCCAUUAAAAGCAGAGGAGGACUGACUAGAGGACGUGGUGUAACAGAGACUGUUCGCCUUCAGUGGAUCUACAGUAUGCACAAAUGUGCCGGGGUACACGAUGCUAUGACAUCUAUGACAAAUGUAAAGCAUAAAACCAGUAGUGAACAGCACAUUGAUUUCGGAACUUCAAGAAGUAAUCGAGAUUUUGCUGACCUGAACACCAUUCAAGAAUGGCUCGAUCAACAUGAGCCAUUCAAUUUAAAUGAGCCAAGACUACGGUCCUUAUCGUCAGGUUUAACAGCAUCUGAUGGUGAUGGCAUUAACUGCAACAAGACAGAGGAGGUCGGGAUACAUAUCCAUCGAAAGAUUGACAAUAUGAGCGCCGUAGAAGCAUCUAUUAAAAGAAAUGAUCAAGUGAGGUCUUUAGAUUAUCUGCAUCCAGGAAUCAAAGUUGAUAAACAGAAAAUUAACAUCCACCCAAAUCAUCUGUUUUACCGCCUUAUAGCUAUUGCACAGAGAGAUGAAAACAUGGCUCCAUACUUUGACUACGAGCUUACAGCAAUGCCAACUUCGCUAUUCAAGGACAAUUUUAUGCGAAAAUCUGUGAAAUCCCAACUAGCACAAGCCCUCGAGAAAGGUGUUCAGUCCUCUGGAGAAAACCCGCAAGCCAUGCAUGUUCUCGAUGGCGGAGCCCUUAUUCAUAAAGUGAAAUGGCAGAAGAAGGUUACAUACAAAGACAUAGCGGUGCAAUAUGUAAACUAUGUGCGUACAAGAUAUCGCGACUGUUGUAUUGUGUUUGAUGGUUACGGACAGGGUCCGACAAUUAAAGAUCACGAGCACCAGCGAAGAAUUGGUAAAACGUGCGCUGAUAUUCAGCUUAGUGAAAAUAUAAAGGCUCACAGUGAUCAGCAGACCUUCCUCUCGAACGAGAAAAACAAAAGUCAGUUCAUCGCGUUGCUGAGUCGAUGCUUGGAAGCUGAUGGCCAGAUUGUGCAUAACAGCACGGGAGAUGCUGACGCAUUGAUAGUGGAAACUGCUCUUCAAUUUGCAAGACAGGAAAGAGAAGUAAAAGUAGUAGCAGAUGACACGGAUGUACUUAUCCUCUUAAUGUACCACUGGAACGCGAAUAUGGCUGAUAUAUAUUUCCAUUCUGAGGCAAAGAGAUCAAAGAAAGAUUUGAAGGUGUGGAAAGUUCAAGAUCUUGUUAACAAAGCUGGCAAAGUUGUAACAUCCCAUCUCCUGUUUAUCCACGCAUGGAGUGGAUGCGACACCACAUCUGCAACAUAUGGGCAUGGCAAAACCAGUCUUUUGAAGAAGAUAAAAGAUUCAGAAGAAUUGCAGCGGAUAUCUUUCUUGAUGACCGAUCAUGAGGCUACAGUAGAGCAGAUUGGCAAAGCAGGUAUCCGGUUAUACGUUCUCCUAUAUGGUGGCAGAGCAAAUGAUUCUUUGAACAGUCUACGGUACUCUAAAUACAUGGAGAUGGUAUCGACAAGCAAAGCAUCAAUUGAUCCACAGAAGCUUCCACCUUCAGAAAGAGCAGCAUUUUUUCACAGUUUGCGGGUUCACUUGCAAGUUAUAACUUGGUUGAAGCUCACAAAUGAUUACCUGAAUCCGACACAAUGGGGUUGGAAAUUUGCUGAUACAGUACUAACACCAGUUCUCACGGACUUGGAUGCAGCGCCAGAAUGCUUAUUGGAGUUUGUAAGAUGCAAAUGCAAACUAUCCUCUCGAAAUUCAUGUGGUAAUAACAGUUGCUCAUGUCGUAAACAUGGGCUGAAAUAUGUAACAGCCUGUGGAGACUGCAGAGGAGACAGUUGUCAAAAUGCUGAGGAGAUCACCCUUGACAACGAAGACAAUGUUAACAUUGAUGAAGAGUAA